GAGAGAUAUAAGUCCCGGCGGAAAUCGUUGAAUUAUAUAUUUUGUCUUGUCUCAGCUUUGCGUGCGACCGAGUCUUCUUGGUCGUCGUGCUCUCCUUCUCUUUCUUCUUCUUCUUCUUCGAGACCUACCUUAAGAUAAGAAACAAGAAACUCUGAAUCUUCGGAUCGAUCGAACGAACAUGGCGACUGUUUCACCUCUGGCCAAGUUUAAGUUGGUGUUCUUAGGUGAUCAAUCUGUCGGAAAAACCAGCAUCAUCACUCGUUUCAUGUAUGACAAAUUCGACACCAUUUACCAGCCUACCAUUGGGAUCGAUUUUCUUUCGAAAACAAUGUACCUCGAAGAUCGAACAGUUCGUUUGCAGCUUUGGGAUACGGCUGGACAAGAAAGAUUCAGGAGUCUCAUCCCAAGUUACAUCAGAGAUUCUUCUGUUGCCAUUGUUGUGUAUGAUGUUGCCAAUAGGCAAACAUUUCUGAACACCUCGAAAUGGAUCGAGGAUGUACACAGAGAAAGAGGUCAAGGCGAUGUUAUUAUUGUUCUUGUUGGAAACAAAACUGAUCUCGUUGAUAAAAGGCAAGUAUCAAUUAGUGAAGGGGAAGAUAAGGGCAAAGAGUAUGGAGUGAUGUUCAUCGAGACCAGCGCAAAAGAAAAUUUCAACAUUAAGGCUUUGUUUCGGAAGAUUGCGGCAGCUUUACCGGGGGUGGACUCAUAUUCAUUGGGGACAAAAUCAGAGGACAUGGUUGAUGUGAACCUAAGGACCACUUCGAAUUUAUCUCAAGGUGAGCAACAAGGAGGAGGAGGAGGAGGUGGUGGAGGAGGCUGUUCUUGUUGAUUUCAAAAUACAUAUUCCAUUAAAGAAAUUUGUGAAGCAAACAAAAGGGAUAAAGAUAGUUUUGUGAUUUUCAUCUUAUCAGACAUUAACAGACACAUAAUAUACAUCAAAGAAACAAGGAUCACGAAAGUGACCUUUUCUUCUAUCA